AAUACAAUUUAAGAAACAUGAGAAUUAUCUCAGUGAACAGGUUUCUUUUAUUUACUUUAGCCUCAUGUUUCCUUUUAGCACCAAAAAUCAUUUGCCUUGAUGAAGCAGUCAUGACCAGUUUGCAGAGCAGAGAAGAGUACAGCGAUAACUAUUCAGAGUCUAAUGAAGACAUAGAAGAAAAGCAGAGACAUCUGAACCUUGAUGAGCUAAAGAACUGGGGAUUAAAGAACAUUGUGAAGAUGAGCAUGCCUACAGUGAACAAGAUGCCAAGUUCAGUCGCUAAUUUGCCUCUGAGGUUUGGUAGAAAUUUUCAGGAAGAAAGAAGCAUCAAGCCAGCAGCCAACCUGCCCCUCAGGUUUGGAAGGGCAUUUGAAGGCAUCCUUUCAAGUUAUACCCUUCCUUUCACACACAGGUUUGAGAGAGCUCCUUUUGUUCAAAGCUCCAUCCAUUCUCUUGCUAACUUGCCACAAAGGUUUGGAAGAUCCCUUCUCUUCAUCCUACCUCAAGAGAUCCAACAGUCUGAUCAAGAAACCAACAAGUAAAUAUGUCUGAUUUGUAUAGUGCUUAAUUCACUGACAUGCUUUAUAAAGCAACUUAUAACAAUAUCAUUGUAAUAUCUGUUUGUGUUAGUUGCCACCUACUGGUUAAAUGGUAGAUACUUUUGUAUAGCAGAUUAGGCAUGCUCCUUGGGAAGCCAGGGCUUGUGUAGUGGUUUUCUAAGAUGGAUGCCUGUCUGUGUCCGUAUGUGACUCAAAUAAAAUAGUUAU